AUGUGCACGCUUGCGACGUUCACCUCCGUACCGCCAGUGAGGAGUCUUGGCACUGGAAGGAUGGGACUCGACGCGAUCCAACCUCGGCAGGGAAGCGCAGAAAGUGCGGGGAGUACUGAUUCGGACGGUGGAGGAGGGCUGUACACAUCUCAGGCUCUGCAAUGGUACUACAUGGCCAACAUGGAUACGCAUCCGAGCGACUCAACACAGGGCUCGAAACUGUUUUCUCCUGCCUUUUGGGCGAAUUCUGGACCAUUUGCACUGCCGAACGAUCUCUCAUCCACCGGAGAUAGCCGUAGGGAUGGUAGCGAGUCGCCACUGUUUGUCGACGAUCUAGCGGAACUCUGCGAUCAGUUCGACGAGCUCGGAUUGUUUGGCUUGAAUGGAAGUGAUCGACUGAACGUGCUUGACACCAAUCCAGCACUCUACGGAGUAGGCUAUGGUAGCAGUGUGUCACCGCCUCCUGCCUUUCACCAACGCCAUCCGAAGCAGCAGCAACUCCUACCGUUGACUAGGCCUCAGCCGCAGCCAUAUCACCAUCACCACCAACAUCACCUUCCACAGGGUCACGGUGUCAGUCAGCAUUAUCCUCAGGCAUUUGAGCAGCAUCAGCAUCAGUUGCAGCUUCAUAGCAGCCUAUCGCCACCGUCCGGCCAUCAGCAACAGAAUCUCCAGGGUGGAGCUCUAAAGUACAGCAAAAUACCACCCGCCAACUAUUUGUGUCACUUGUGCUUCAAGAAAGGGCAUUACAUCCGAGACUGUCCUCAGGCUCGACCGAAAGCGGAAGGAAAAACCCCUUACCAGGGCAAGAAGCGCUGCUUCGGGGAGUACAAGUGCCCAAAGUGCAAACGAAAGUGGAUGUCCGGUAACUCGUGGGCCAACCACGGCCAGGAGUGCAUCAAGUGCCACAUCAACGUUUAUCCACACAAACAGCGUCCGCUGGAGAAACCCGAUGGCUUGGACGUGUCGGACCAGUCGAAGGUCCAUCCGCAAAUGUUGUGUGAAAAGUGCAAAACCCUAGGCUACUACUGCCGAAGAAUCCAGUAGUUCGGAAAUGCUGCCUUAAGUAAAACAAAAGUGCUGGAAAAGGCAUUCAUUGUGGAUCAAUUCUAUGUAUUACUUUACACGCUCUGUAAGCAACUUAACGAC